GUUAUCAUUAUUAGCGUAGUGUGUUUGAGUACGUCGACGAUGGUGCAAGUGCGACUCGGAGACGGUGUGUUGGAAGGUGAAGUUUUGGACAAUGUGCUCGGAGGGCAGUACUAUAGUUUUAAGGGCAUCCCUUAUGCUGCGCCCCCAUUGGGAGACCUGAGAUUUAAGGCACCGCAACCGGUCAUUCCUUGGGAUGGAGUCCGCAGCGCUAAAGCCCACGGACCGAUCUGCCAUCAGUUCGACAUGUUCACUGGAAAACUCUGCACAGAACCAAGCAGCGAGGACUGUCUCUAUUUAAAUGUAUACUCACCUGAUCUCCAACCUAAAAAACCUCUGCCUGUAAUGUUUUGGAUCCAUGGCGGCGGUUUCUUAAGCGGCAGCGGAAACACAAGCUAUUAUGGCCCCGAUUUCCUUGUCAACCAAAAUGUUGUCCUUGUAACUAUUAAUUACAGACUAGCUGUAGUCGGAUUCUUGUGCCUGCAUACAAAAGAAGUGCCAGGAAAUGCUGGUAUGAAGGACCAAGUAGCCGCUCUUAGGUGGGUGAAAAACAACAUUAGAAAUUUUGGCGGAGAUCCUGAUAAUGUCACCAUUUUUGGAGAGAGCGCCGGCGCAGCGUCGGUCGCCUAUCACCUGGUGUCACCCAUGUCCAAAGGUCUGUUCAAGCGAGCUAUUGCUCAGAGCGGCACGAAUCUGAGCCAUUGGGCUCGGGCGUUUGAGCCCCGAUUAAGAGCUGAGGCCAUUGCUCGUUCACUCGGUAAAGACACCAAGGACGACAAAGAGCUCUAUGAUUUUUUUAAAUCCCUACCAAUUGAAAAGUUAACAAAUCCCUAUGCACCUCUUACGGCCGAGGAAGCAACGGGGUUACGUGAUAAUAUAACUUUAACUGUAACUGAUGAAAAGGAGUAUGAUGGAGUUGAAAGAUUUUUCUAUGGCGAUGUUUACGAACGGCUGCAUCACGGUAUACAUGAAGGAAUCGAACUCAUGAUGGGUUAUACUACUGACGAGGGCAUUAUUCAAUUUGCUUUUUCUCCGAAAGAGAAUUUCUUUGACAAAUAUAACAAAUACGUGCAGUGCUUCGUAACCACCGAAUUAUCGCUGAAAUGCUCAGCGAAAGAUCAACUGGCUAUCGGUAAAAAAGUGAAAGAGCAUUACUUCGGCGAUAAACCGGUCUCAAAAGAUAAUGUCGACGUCCUAAUAAAAUACUUGUCAAUGCAGAUGAUUGGAUAUAAUGCUAUUGAAUAUGCCAAAUUCUUCGUUCAGAUGGAUACGAACAAGUUAUUUUUCUACCAAUUUGACAUGUACUCAGAAAGAAACAUUUGGACUGAAGGGUUUGGAGGAGGGCCAUAUAUCGACGGGAAGAGUGUUUGCCACUGCGAUGAUUUGACAUAUUUGUUCAGCACUGAGAAAGUAAAAGCGGACCUAACUACUAAGAGUACUAAACUUAUUAAAAAUAUGACAAAAUUGUGGACUGACUUUGCUAAAUUCGGUGACCCGACUCCGGACAGCAGCUUAGGGGUCAAAUGGCCAGCGUUUGACCCUAAGAAGGAGCAGUACCUGAUCAUCGGCAACGACCUCGUGGUGGCGUCACACCCAAACAAAGAAGAUUUCGAAUUCUGGGAGACAUUACAUCAACAAUAUGUGAAACAUUAGACUUGCCGUAAAACCUCAUAA